CUCUUUCCCCUCUCUCUCUCUCCACCAGGACGACACAAGAACAACGCCACUCUCUCUCUCUCUCCUCCAUUUUGCCAUCGGUCUCAAAGUAAGGGAAGGGAAGCCUCAAAGCCCAACCAAACCAAUCCCGCCGCUCCUUACCACUCUCUCUCUAAAAAGGAAGGCAUCCAACUCAACCAGAGAACCAACGGAUAGAGAAGGAGGUUACUCAAAAACUAGAGAGAGAAAGAGAAAAAUAAGCAGGCGUUUAUUUUCUUGUUGUUUUGUUGGAGGGGUGUUCAAGCCAGAGCCUCCCCCCCCCCCCCCCACUAUAUUAGCCUCCCUCCAUUCGCAGCAGCAGCAGAAGCAGCAACAACAAGCUGUCCCUUUCCCUCUUCUCUCUCUCUCCAUCUCUCAUCAACUUUUGGACCCAAAUGGCUCAUGAGAUGGUUGGUUUCUUCGGCCCUGCUCCGCCGGCGGCGGCUCUCGCUCCGUUCCAGGAGGACCAGCAGGUUGUUGCGGAGGAGGGGUACCACGGCCACGUGGAGGAGGUGGAGGAGGGAGGCGGCCAUGGUUACGGCGGCAGCGGCGGGCAGGGGAAGCUCUGCGCCAGGGGACACUGGCGGCCCGCGGAGGACGCCAAGCUCAAGGAGCUCGUCUCGCAGUACGGACCCCAGAACUGGAACCUCAUCGCCGAGAAGCUCGACGGCAGAUCAGGGAAGAGCUGCCGGCUGCGGUGGUUCAACCAGCUUGACCCACGGAUCAACCGGCGGUCGUUCUCGGACGAGGAGGAGGAGCGGCUGCUUGCGGCGCACCGCGCCUACGGCAACAAGUGGGCGCUCAUCGCUCGCCUCUUCCCCGGCCGUACCGACAACGCCGUCAAGAACCACUGGCACGUCCUCAUGGCGCGCAAGCAGCGCGAGCAGUCCGGCGUGCUUCGCCGCCGCAAGCCUUCCUCGUCAUCAUCGUCCUCGUCGAACCCCGCACCGCCGCACUUAGCGCCCGUCGUCGUCCUCCACCACCACCACCACCACGGCUCUCCUCCCCUGCCGUUCAACGCCGGCGGGGGGCACGCACAGCACGGCGUUCCCCCGGAGGCGGCUGCGGCCACCCGCGCGUACAGCGGCGGCGAGUCCGACGAGUCCGCGUCCACCUGCACCACCGACCUCUCCCUUGGCUCCGCCGGCGCCCCCGUCCCCUGUUUCUACCAGAGCUACGACAUGGUCCCGCGCGCCUUCGCGCCCGCGCCGGCCGCCUUCGCGCCGAGCGCGCGCUCCGCGUUCUCUGCCCCGUCGCCGGCGCGCCGCCGUUCUGCGGCCUCCGAAGGCGGCAGCGACAUGGUUGCCCUGCCCUUCUUCGACUUCCUCGGCGUCGGUGCGACAUGAUCUGAGUCUCGGCGGCGGUGUACAGGAGGGAGGUUAAAGAUCAAAGCCCCGGUGAUCAAGAUGAACCCCAUGCCUAGCUUAGCUUAGAGUUAAUCAGGAACAAGCCUAGGAGAAGAGAAGAGGAGAAGAAUGGUGAUUGAUUCGUGUGGGCGUGUGGAUGUGACGUUGCUGCCUCCACACCUCAGUUUUGCUGCUGCUGCAACCAAAAAGCAGGUGAGAUCGAUGAGAUUGUUCAGGUCUCGAUGAAUGGAUGAAAGGAUGGAAAAGAAACCACUCGCAACACAAAUUGCAUGGCAAAAGGCAGAUCACAUACUCUGCCUCUUUACCCUCUCUCUCUCUCUCUCUCUUUCUUUUCAUGCUCUGUUCUUUUCUAUUUUUUUUUAUCUUUCUUUUUUCCUUCUCUUCCUUUGUAAGAUGAUGAAGAAGAAAAACAAGCACAAUUCCCGUUGCAAGAACAAUCGGUUGCAAAGUGC